CAGGGAGAGAGAGAAAUGUGCUUUGCAAAGGGCUGAGAGGUUGAUGGGACUGUUGGAUUAACUCCUCUGAGAAGAAGAGAAAAAAGUGCUUGGACCUCUUCUUGUUUCUUCUUUAGAAUAAUUUGGAUGGGAUUUGUGAUGCAGAAAAGCUUAAAGAAAAAAGGAUAUCCAUUCUGCGUUGUGGAAAAUUUUUGAAAAAAAGUUACUUUCUUCAAGCAAGGGUGCCAUUUUGAUAUUUAUGGGGACUCUUGUUCUCACUAUGAAGGCAUCCAUUAUUGAAAUGUUCCUUGUUUUGCUGGUGACUGGAAUACACUCAAAUAGAGACGUGACUAAGAAGAUUAAAAGACUCAAGUUCAAUGUGCCUCAGAUCAACUGUGAUGUCAAAGCUGGAAAGAUAAUCAAUCCUGAGUUCAUUGUGAAAUGUCCAGCAGGGUGCCAAGACCCCAAAUACCACGUUUAUGGCACUGACGUCUAUGCAUCCUACUCCAGUGUGUGUGGUGCUGCGGUGCAUAGUGGUGUGCUCGAUAAUUCAGGAGGGAAAAUACUUGUUCGGAAAGUGGCUGGACAGUCCGGUUAUACAGGGAGUUAUUCGAACGGCGUCCAGUCAUUAUCCCUGCCACGGUGGAGAGAAUCCUUCAUCGUCUCAGAAAGUAAACCCCAAAAGGGUAUAACCUACCCAUCAGCUCUUACAUAUUCAUCACCCAAGAGCCCAGCUGCCAAAGCAGGUGAGACCACAAAAGCCUAUCAGAGGCCCCCUGUUCCAGAGACCACCACACAGCCAGGCGCUGUGACAAAAGUUCUGGUUGUUACCACAGCUGAGGCUGCCCACACCACCUUGCCAAAGCCAUCCCCAUCUGCAGCUUCCACCACCAGCAGCCCCAGACCACAGCCCGUGGGCCACAGGAGCCGGGAGAUAGAUCUGUGGUCCACCACCACCUACACAAGCAGCCAGAACAGGCCGGGGGCCAAUCCAGGUAUCCCGAGGCACGAUGCUUCUGGAGCUGCCUUCCAGAAACCUGUUGGAGCAGAUGUCAGCCUAGGAGAAGUGGACUUCUGGAAAGCUGGAUUGGUCCUUUUAGAUGCAGGAUUUGUUCCAAAAGAAGAAUUAAGCACACAGUCUUUGGAGCCAGUAUCCCUGGGAGAUCCAAACUGCAAAGUUGACUUGUCGUUUCUAAUUGAUGGGAGCUCCAGCAUUGGCAAACGUCGAUUCCGAAUCCAGAAACAGUUCUUGGCUGAUGUUGCCCAAGCUCUUGACAUUGGCCCUGCUGGUCCACUGAUGGGCAUUGUUCAGUAUGGAGACAACCCUGCUACCCAGUUUAACCUCAAGACUCACAUGAAUUCACAUGAUCUGAAGACAGCCAUAGAGAAAAUUACCCAGAGAGGAGGGCUUUCUAAUGCAGGCCGGGCCAUCUCCUUUGUGACCAAGAACUUCUUUUCCAAAGCCAACGGAAACAGAGGCAGCGCUCCCAACGUGGCUGUGGUGAUGGUGGAUGGCUGGCCCACAGACAAAGUGGAGGAGGCUUCCAGACUUGCAAGAGAGUCAGGAAUCAAUAUUUUCUUCAUCACCAUUGAAGGUGCUGUUGAAAAUGAGAAACAGCAUAUGCCAGAGCCCAACUUUGUGAACAAGGCUGUGUGCAGAACCAACGGCUUCUAUGCGUUCCACGUGCAGAGCUGGUUCGGCCUCCACAAGACCCUGCAGCCCCUGGUGAAGCGGGUCUGCGACACGGAGCGCCUGGCCUGCAGCAAGACCUGCCUGAACUCGGCCGACAUCGGCUUCGUCAUCGACGGCUCCAGCAGCGUGGGCACCGGCAACUUCCGCACCGUGCUGCAGUUCGUGGCCAACCUCAGCAGGGAGUUCGAAAUCUCCGACACGGACACGCGCGUCGGGGCCGUGCAGUACACCUACGAGCAGCGGCUGGAGUUCGGGUUCGACAGGUACAGCAGCAAGGCCGACGUGCUCAGCGCCGUCCAGAGGGUGGGCUACUGGAGCGGCGGCACGAGCACCGGGGCUGCCAUCAACUACGCCCUGGAACAGCUUUUCAAGAAGUCCAAGCCCAGCAAGAGGAAGUUAAUGAUCCUCAUCACCGACGGGAGGUCCUACGACGACGUCCGGAUUCCAGCCCUGGCCGCCCACCUGAAGGGUGUGAUCACCUAUGCAAUAGGUGUUGCAUGGGCUGCCCAGGAGGAGCUAGAAGUCAUUGCCACUCACCCUGCCAGGGACCACUCCUUCUUUGUGGACGAGUUUGACAACCUCUACCAAUAUGUCCCGAGGAUCAUCCAGAACAUUUGUACAGAGUUCAACUCACAGCCUCGGAACUGAAAUCAAAGCCAGCAAAGCACCAGCAAAUGCUGCUUUACUGCCUGACUCUUUGGACAAUGCCCAAGGCUUUAUGGGGCACACACAGUACAGCGAGGUUGGGCCAGGGCUUAGGGAAACAGAUGCAUUGUUAUUACUCUUUCCCAUUGUGGUUUUUCAUACUUUAAAACUUUAAGUUAGAAAGAUGAUCACAAAUUUGUAGGAUGAGCCAAAAUGAUACAUUAUUUUGAGGGUGCUGGGGGUUUUACAUUUUGACAGUUGUUUUCAAAAUGUUCAGAAUAGAGUGCAGCACUUAUGAUGAGCUUAAAUAGGGCUUUUGUGAGGUUUUGUUAUUUUUAUUUCUCAUUAGAACUCUGUAACCCUCAGCAAGUUUCAUUUUUGUCAUGACAAUAUUGGAGUUGCUUCAUUAAAUGUUUCAAAGGAUUAUAUGCAA